AUGGUGGAGGCUGGCUGCGGUACCGUCUCCCAGAUAGCAGGGGAGUCAAGCCUUCAUCCAGAAUGUGAGUACAUUUUUCAGUUGGCGCGGGAGGAGCAUCGAUGUCUUCAGCACAUUGCAGAGCAGGCCAACCACAGUCUACAGGGCUGUCAGCCAUUUUGGGAUGCAGUUCUCUGCUGGCCCAAUGCUGGGGAAGGGGAGACCAUCCACAAGGCCUGUCCGGCGGUCUUCUCCCUGUUCGGGAACAACACAGGGUCUGUGAGCCGGAACUGUACCGAUCAGGGCUGGUCCAUCCCUUUCCCCCAGUACCAUAUCGCCUGCAGCGUGGAUGACGACAUACCAGAGACAGAGCAGGCGUAUUUCACCACGGUGAAGCUCAUCUACACCGUCGGCUACGGGACAUCUCUUGCAUCUCUUUCAAUUGCAGUCCUAAUCCUGCUCCUCUUCAGGAGGCUACACUGUGCCAGGAAUUUCAUUCACAUCCAGCUGUUCACUACCUUCAUCCUGAAGGCAGCGGCGGUGUUCAUCAAGGACACCACUCUAUUCUCCAGUGAAGACACUGACCACUGCAACCUCUCCACGUUCUACUGUAAGGCUGCUGUGGUGUUCUGUCACUACUGUGCUAUGACCAACUUCUUCUGGCUGCUGGCGGAGGCUCUUUUCCUCAACUCCCUGCUGCUCUCCUCUUUCUACCACAGUCGUCGCUGUCUCUGGGGCUACGGCCUCCUGGGCUGGGGUGUCCCUGUCCUCUUCAUAAUGCUGUGGAUGGUGUCCAGGGUGUACUUUGAGGAUACAGAAUGCUGGGACAUUAAUGACAACUCUCCCUAUUGGUGGUUCAUCAAAGGUCCAAUUGUGGUCUCCAUUGGGGUCAAUUUCAUGCUCUUCCUGAACAUCAUUAGAAUACUGAUGCAGAAGCUGAACCCACGCCUCAUCCAGUUCAACAACUCAUCCCAGUACAGGCGCUUGACUAAGUCGACCCUGCUGCUGAUACCUCUCUUCGGGUCCCACUACAUGGUCUUUAACUUCCUGCCCGACUACUUCAACGUCAACAUGCGCCUGUGUGUGGAGCUCUGCGUGGGCUCCUUUCAGGGUCUGGUUGUGGCCGUACUCUAUUGCUUUCUCAACCAGGAGGUCCAGAAGGAGCUGCAGGUGCGAUGGCUGAAGUGGCAGGAGAACACCUAUGGAGUGGUCUCUCCUGGGCCCAAGGGCAGCCAGAUGGACACGCCCUUCUAGUGGUGGAACACCUCCAACACCUCCUCCACAUCCAACACCAACUCCACCAACUCCACCACCUCAAACACUCAUUCCACAGCCGACACCACAUACAUCAUCACAUCCACCUCCACCACAAACACAACCAUCUCCGCCACCAACUCCACCACCACAAGCUCCACCACCACCACCACCAACUCUACCAACUCCAACACUCACUCCACCACCUCCAACACUAACUCCACAUCCACCUCCACCACCAACUCCACCAUCGCAAGCUCCACCACCUCCGCCACAUAACUCAAUCCCCACAAGCACCACCAACACCACAUCCACCACCACAUCAACCACCGCCUCCACCUCCACCACCACCACCACAUCAACCACCGCCUCAACCUCCAGCACCACCUCCAACAAUAACUCCACAUCCACAACCAACACCCCCACCACCAGACUGUUCGUUCCCUGAAGACGUUGAUUGCUGCAUGGCCUCUUGAGUUCCUCUCACAGACACAGGGCGGGUCGUGCGGAGUAAUCAAUCAGCGAUGUGCCACAUCCUGUUCUUGCUCAUCAGAACGGUCCUGGACCUUACAGAGAUCAGUCCUUCUUUAUAUUGAAUGUAUGGCAACAUGUUUUAACUUUGUCAAUGCAUGGGUUGUGUUGUACCCUUUCUGUGUUGCUUGAACUGCCUUAAUUUUGCUAUUAUAACGAGUGCAUUUAUUUAUGAAUGUAUUUAUCUUUUGGGCUUUGUUCUAAAAUCAGCCCAAUGACAGCAGCGGAAUUUCGAAGAACAAAAUAACUUAUUGUGUCUUAUUAAAGCUAGAGUGCCUCUUGAAGUUAUAUUGACUACAAAUGGGUAUCAUUUGGGUGUAAAGGGCAUUUACGUCGUUUGCUAUUUUCUUACCGUUUAAAAUAUAUGAAUCAUUUUAUUCUGCAAAUACAUUGCUCGAGCGUC